AUGACUGGGAUUACAAUUACGCCUCAUUGUUUUGUCAACUGGGAUAUCUUCAACAUCUCAAGAUUAUCUAUCCAAGGUCACAAAUAUAUGGAGUACACUUAUCUGAAGCCCUCAAACAUCUCUCGCUCCUGGAAUCACUCGAGCUUACAAGACUUUCGAUCAAAGAUUCGACCUGCCUCUACAAUCUUAAAAACCUCAAAACACUUGUUAUGGAUGGAUUUUUGGGCGCCUCACCUCACUCAUCUGCACAUUCGAGUUCUUGAAGAACCUGACCGUUUUCCACGAGAGGACCUUUCAGACUACGACCCCAAAUGUGAACAAUUGACACUUCCGGCUUUAACUCAUUUAAAAAUAUGGCCUCAUUCAAAAUGUCACUAUAUCCACUACUUUUCAAAUUGCAAGGAGCUUUAUCAACUCACGUUUUACGACUUUAUCAGACGUGAAUGGGAUGAUGAACUUUCAGGUUUCUUCGAUCUCAUACCAGAUGAAUCAUUUCAAGUAAUAAAUGGUUUAUCAGACUUUAUUAUCAACAAUGAAUUUCCUAAGCUUAGAUGGAUAAUCUUACCUGUGGAACACGGAAACUUUUCACUUGAUCCAAUUGCGGCUUCUGCACUGUUUCCAUUGGAAGAAUUUUUUAUGAUUGAGUUAUACUUGACAAUCUUAUCUUCACAUUGUAUUUCGGCCUAG